ACAACACCAGUCGCGUCCAGCUUCUAUUCUCAGUUCCAACGCGAAAAGCAGAUAAAUCAUGGCUGUGCCGCGGUUCUCUUGUACUCGGUUCAAUUGGAUUGAACGGUGAACAAGAGCAAUUGAGUGAUCAUUCCUAUCAUGAACUCGACCCCCGACAACUCCUCUCCCGGCAACGCCUUCUACCCGGAGACCCCGCCCAUGCGCCGCCCGGACCUGACAUACCUCUACCGUCUCGAAUGCGACAUCGACAAAGACGAGAUCAACCUCGGCGCCCCGCACGGGGCGGGCGUCAUCCGGAGUAUCGCGAACAUCGUCGGCGGCACCUUCAAGGGGCCGGGGGGGCUUUCAGGGACCGUCCUACCCUCGGGCGGAGCGGACUGGUCCACCAUGAUUGAAGGGACGCAUUCCAUCACCCUCGAUGCGCGCUACACGGCCAAGACCGAUGACGGCCACUACCUGUACAUCCAGGCCCAUGGCCUCUACCGUCCGGGGCCGGGGACGGCGUAUGCGCGGCAGGUGGCGGAGGAUCCGCGGUCCCGUCCGCCGUCGACGGUCUCCCAGGAUGAUGUGGAGUUCUUCUCGCAUCUGAGAAUCGAGGCAGGUCCCGGGAGGUAUAAUUGGUUGAAUGGGCUGGUCUGUGUUGGGGUGAUGACCUGUGUCGAGGAUCGGAUUGUCAUUGAUGCGUACUAUUUGACGAAUUUUGGGGGCGUGAAGCCGGAUGAUGUGGUGAUGAAGCCUGCUGAAUGAGACCUCGGAGUGAGCAGCAUGGUUAAGC